GUUUACAAAGUCUCGAGUCUAAUUCUCUCUCAGAAAAAUCAUGCCUACCGUCUCUGCUGUUUCCAGCAUUUCUACUGGCGCUGACUUUGGUUCCGCUUCCAUUAAGAAGAGUGGAAACAUCACGUCUUUGGACAACUCCGUAUCUGGGCCAUCCUCCAACUUGGUCACUAUCGAUACCCACGGUAACGAAUUCAAGGUGCCUGAUUACACCAUCAAGGAUAUUUUGUCUGCUAUUCCUAAGCACUGCUACGAGAGAUCUUUGAUCAGAUCCUUGGGCUAUGUUGUACGUGAUAUCGCCGCCAUGGUCGCUAUUGGCUACGUUGGUCAGAAGUUCAUUCCCUUGGCCAACUUAGAAGGCCAUGAGACUGCUUCUACCGUAUUGAGAGGCUCGUUAUGGAUGGCAUACUCCUACGCUCUUGGUUUGUUCGGUUUCGGCUUGUGGAUCUUGGCUCACGAAUGUGGCCACGGUGCAUUCUCUGACUAUCAGAACAUCAACGACGUCAUCGGCUGGGUGUUACACUCUUACUUGAUGGUGCCUUACUUCUCGUGGAAGUUCUCCCACGCCAAGCACCAUAAGGCUACUGGUCACUUGACGAAGGAUAUGGUUUUCAUUCCUUACACCAAGGAAGAGUACUGCGAAAACAAGGGAGUCUCUGUCAUCUCUGAAGUUAUGGAAGAAUCACCUAUCUGGACGUUAUCUGUCUUGCUUUUCCAACAGUUGGGAGGUUUACAGACCUACUUGGCCAUUAACGCUACUGGCCAGAGAUAUCCUGGUUAUUCCAAGAUCGGUAAGUCACACUACGCUCCAUCUUCUCCUGUAUUUGACAAAAACCAAUGGUGGUUCAUUGUGUUGUCUGACAUUGGUAUUCUUGCUACUAUAACUGUUGUCUACCAAUGGUACAAGACCUUCGGUCUUUUCAACAUGAUGGUCAACUGGUUCGUGCCUUGGUGUUGGGUUAACCACUGGUUGGUCUUUGUUACCUUCUUGCAACACACCGACCCCACCAUGCCUCACUACCGUGCCGAGCAAUGGACUUUUGCUAGAGGUGCUGCUGCUACCAUCGAUCGUGACUUUGGUUUUGUCGGACAACACAUUUUCCACGACAUUAUCGAAACUCAUGUCUUGCAUCACUACGUCUCCAGAAUUCCAUUCUACAACGCUAGAGAAGCCUCCGAAGCCAUCAAGAAAGUCAUGGGUAAACACUACAGAUAUGACGGUGAAAACAUGUGGGUUUCCUUGUGGAAGUGCAUGAGAAUGUGUCAGUUUGUAGACGAUGACAAGGAAGACGCAAAGGGUGUGUUGAUGUUCAGAAACGUCAAUGGUCUCGGUGUGAAGCCAAAGGAUUAGAUUGGGUCCGUUUUAUUUUGCAGCCACAUGCUCAUGGUCUUGUAGCCUCGCCAAUUAUUUGCACUUUUCAUCCUAGUCACUCUUCCAGAGUGCGAUAUCACUAUUUCUUGCAUUUAAUAUCUGAAUUCUUACUACAUUAUUUUGGGAAAUUGCAUACAUACGGUUACACGGUUAAAGGGCUUACAGCCUCUUACUUUCAGUUCUCUUCAUAGACAAUCUAUACAUAGCUGUUUCUUCGCAA